AUGGACUUGAUCACCGGGAGUGCUCUAACGACUUCUGUUGCCAUCGACAAGCUGGUAUCGCUGCUGAUCACCACCGGAGAAGACACCAAGCUGCUGAAAGCAAUCGAGUUAUCAGAAGUUCAAGAACUCAGGACCAUAUUGGAGCUACUCGAUUCCAUCCUCAAAGACGCCUACGUUAAGUCACAGAAAGCGGUUCCGGUGAGCAGCUGGUUAGAACAGAUAAAGGAGGUCACCGAUCUCAUCGACAAUGUCGUCGAUGGCUACAUGCUCAAAGUGUCGCAGCGGCUCCAACAGCGUCCGUUGAUCCGUCGCACGACGCCAAAUAGUAGUACUCGUCGGAACUUAUCUUCCGAUGUCGAAAAUGUCAAGGCGUUGUUGAUUAAGAUACAAGAAACUGGUUGGAGACAUUACUCUUGGGAGUAUGGAUUCAGUAGUAGGAGAAAGAAUUUUCAGAGAUAUCAACCUCGGUCGGUCUUCCCUUUGAUCCAGGAGUUCAUAGUCGGCGUUGAUUGUACGGAAAAUGAGUUGGUACGGAGACUAACAGAAGGAGAAACCAGGCGCUCAGUCAUUUCGCUUGUAGGCUGCGGGGGAAUUGGUAAGACCACUCUUGCGAAGAUGGUCUAUCACAACGAAGUUGUGAGGAAGCACUUCAAUUGUCGCGCUUGGAUCACCAUCAACCGGACGUAUAGUAUGAAGGAGAUACUGAAGGUCAUGUUGAUAAAGGAGAUUGGCAUAGAAGGGAAGCAAUUUGAAGAGAUUGAGUUGAUGAAGAGACAAGAGCUAAUUGGAAUUCUGAGGCAAUCUUUGAGGUCAAAAAGGUAUGUGGUUGUGUUUGAUGAUGUUUGGAGAGAAGAGUAUUGGAAUGUUAUGAGAGAUGCUUUGCCCGAUGAUGACAAUGGCAGUAGAGUAAUUAUCACAUCGCGUAGCGAUAUUGUUGUUGCUUCAUGUGUAGAAAGCUUGUUCGAUCAUGUCCACAGGCUAGAGCCUCUUUCAGAAGCAAUGUCUUGGGACCUUUUCUGUAGAAUAGCCUUCCAAUAUGACCCCGAACGGCGUUGUCCUCCGGAGUUGGAGAAAAUUUCCUUUGAAAUUAUUAGGAUCUGUGAAGGUCUUCCCCUUACAUUGUAG